CCGGCGGGGUAGUAGUUAAGUUUGCGAAGCUCUCUCGAGGGAACACAAGCAAAGUCAUGAAACUGUUUAUCGCGCUCUCCGUUUUGGUGGCCGUGGCCUCGGCCCUGCCGCAGUUUGGCGGCGGCAAUGCCAAUGCCAAUGCCAACGCUAACGCCCAGGCCCAAGGAUUUGGAGGCGGCGGUUUCGGCGGACGUCCUGGAGGCGGCUUCGGAGGCGGCCCCGGCUUUGGAGGCGGCGGUUUCGGCGGUCGUCCUGGCGGCGGCUUUGGAGGCGGCCCCGGCUUUGGAGGCGGCCACGGUGGUGGUUUCGGAGGCGGUCCCGGAUUCGGAGGUGGCCCUGCAUUCGGCGGUGGCGGACGUCCUGGUUUCGGUGGCGGCGGCGGCGGCUUCGGCGGACGUCCCGGCGGUGGCUUCGGAGGCGGCGGCGGCGGCGGCAGUAGUUCAGCAUCCGCAUCAUCCUCGGCUUCUGCUGCCGGUGGUGGUGGUCGUGGCGGCGGCGGCGCAGCAUCCGCAUCUUCCUCUGCCUCCGCAGCAGCUGGCGGACGCGGUCGCGGUUAAGCCAUUCCAUAAGAUAUUUUGAAAUAAUUGCUAAGAAAUGACUGUGAAUAAAACAUAACAUAGAAAAUU